GUAUUGGAUUACAAUGACUGAACAGUAAGGGUAACAUAUUUGAACUGGACAUAAGGAAAUAUCUGUUCUUGAAGCAACAAUGUCAACAAAAUCAACACUCCUUAAAGUAAUCCUUCUUGGUGAUGGAGGAGUGGGCAAGAGUUCGAUUAUGAACAGAUAUGUCACUAACAAGUUUGACACAGAGCUGUUCCACACAAUAGGUGUAGAGUUUUUAAAUAAAGACCUGGAAGUGGAUGGACACUUUGUCACAAUGCAGAUAUGGGACACGGCUGGUCAAGAACGUUUUAGGAGCUUGCGGACUCCUUUCUAUAGAGGUUCUGACUGCUGCCUUCUCACUUUCAGCGUAGAUGACUCUCAGAGCUUCCAGAAUCUGGGCAAUUGGAAGAAAGAAUUCAUUUACUAUGCAGAUGUCAAAGAGCCUGAGACGUUUCCCUUUGUGAUACUGGGAAACAAAGUUGAUAUUAGCGAGAGGCAAGUGUCUACAGAAGAAGUCCAGAACUGGUGCAGGAACAACGGCAACCAUCCUUACUUUGAAACCAGUGCAAAAGAUGCAAUUAAUGUUGCUUCAGCCUUUGAGGAAGCUGUUCGAAGAGUUCUUGCCACUGAUGAUAGGUCAGAUCACUUGAUUCAAACUGAUACAGUGAACCUUCACCGGAAGCCCAAGCCUAGCUCAUCAUGCUGUUGACUAUUUUGUUUUAUUUUCCAGCCAUAUAUAGUUCUAACUUAACUUGAAGUAAUAAUAGAUCAAAUAUGAUUCAGUGGGUGCCACUCUAAUAUAUUAAAACUGUAACAUUCUACUGCUUUAUGUGUCGGCAGAGAAAAGCUUCUUUUCAAUAAGUAGCCCGUUACUAUGUUAGUGGAGUCUGACAUCUGGGAAGGUACCAGCUGAAGAGUUGAUUUAAUUUAAAUGUGUCAUUGGAAAAUUAAUAAAUUAUAUACUAAAACUUGAAAGUUCUAGAAGCACUACUUGGAGGACUUGUUCUGAAAUUCAGAUGCAGAAUAGAUUUUUUUAUAUGUACAUAUAUAUUUUUAUGAGAUCACCAGCCCAUGUUUUGCUUCACUAAAACCCUUUUUUCAUAAAGCAGUAAUGGUAGGUGAUAGGGUCUUAUUCUAGUUCUCAUCUUUAAAGUGAUUUUUCUUUAAAAAAAAAAUCAAAGCUAAUAUAAAUAUUUUAAGGGCUUUUGCUAUUUGCCUAGUGUCACUGAACUGCCUGUAGAUUUUAUGUUAGGAAAUAAACCUGCAUACAUGGA